AUGCGACGAAGCACUCAAUUGUCCAUCAUUCAUCACAUUCGACAACCGUGCCAAAGCAAUGUCCCCAGAAUUUGCGAUGCUCCGAACCUUGAAACAACAGCAACGUCAACGACAAAACUCUUCUCGUGGAACUCACAGUGGACGUGUCUCCGAAGUUAUUCAAACGGAAGAAGACUCGGCCGACGAUUCUCAGGAAUAACUUCAAUCUCUGCUCGUCACUUCUCUACAAAAUCCUCUCCAUUCCUCGACACCUCAUCUAAUAAUAACAUUUCCAAUGAUAAGAAGAAAACACCUAGUCGUUCGCCAGACUUUAGCAAUAUUCCGGGUGCACGUAUCCCAAAAUCGAUGCCAAAAAGGACCCGAUUCCUAGAAAUCAGUAAGCAGCAGGCCGACGAGGCAUUCAGAAGUUGUCUUGAAAUGGUUCGAAAACACGAUAUCGACAGUUAUCUAGCCAUUUUGACUAUCAAUAAACGAGCACAGCCAGAAAUUGUCGCGCUUAACGCACUGAACGUCGAGUUGGCUUCAAUUCGUGACAAAGUGGACACAAGAAAAGGAGACGCUUCAGCAAUGUAUCGCCUUCAAUUCUGGAAGGAUGCUAUUUCAUCAAUCUACGGAAUAUCUCCACUUCCUGUACCACGUCAACCUGUUGCUAUUGCUCUGUGCUCUUUCGCCGCUGGUGCCAACUCUGACAUGCUUCUGAAACUGGUUGAAACUCGCCAGUCAACAAUUGGUGAUAGGCAGUUUUCUGAUAUUAAUGCUUUAUGCGAAUAUGGCAAAUCAACAAUCGGGUCUCUUCUGUGCCUACAAAUCGAUGCUCUUGCUCGUAACUCUCCAGAAACUAAAGUACUCCCAAUGGCCUACGAUGUUGCAAAAGAUCUCGGAGCCGCGUAUGCUAUCGCCAAUAUGAUUCGUGCCACACAUCCACUACUGGCUCGUGGAAUCGUUCUUCUACCAGCUGAUGUGAUGUCUUUAAAUGGUGCCACACCGGAUAGUCUUUAUAAAAAGAAGAAGCUCGAUGAGAUGGUUGGAAUGACAAAAGAUCUGGUCAACGAGUCAAAACGAUUACUUAUUGAUGCUCGAAGUCCGAUAGAAAUGGUACCGAAAGCUGUGAGACCUGCGCUUGCAGCCACUGGAGCCACAACUGACUAUAUCAUUAAAACAAUCGAAAAGAAUAAUUAUGACAUCUACUCUCCUCAUCUUCAACGUCGAAAUCCACUUCUUCUCUGGUCACUUUUGGUUCGAAAACUGUGCUCAAAAUAUUAAAAUGUUAUAUUUUUCGUGUUUUUUCUUCAUCUUCAUCUUCUUUUUUUUUCUUUCCUCUUUCCCUUUCCCCUUCUCCCCAUUUCGUGUUCUCUCUCUCUCAUUCGAAUAGUUAUAUUUAUAUUUAUGGCAUCAAGUAAAGAGCUUACAAUCAGU